AUGUGUACAGCUCCAUUGGAUGUGGUGAAAAUAAGGCUUCAGUUACAAGUCAGUGGUAAUAAGUAUCAAGGGAUCUUGCAUACUGUCAAAGUCAUCGCAAAAGAAGAAGGUAUGCUCGCGUUAUGGAAAGGUAAUGUUCCUGCUGCUGUCAUGUAUAUUCUUUAUGGGGCAGCUCAAUUCUCAAGUUAUUCUAUGUAUAACAAUAUACUGAGUGAUCUUCAGACGCAGUACAACUAUCAUAUUGGACCUGCUAGUCAUUCAUUUAUUUUGGGGUCACUGGCCGGUUGUACUAGUACAAUAAUAUCAUAUCCAUUUGAUUUACUAAGGACAAGGUUUGCCAAUGAACCAAAGUUUAGUAAGUUAUCAACGACUGUGAGUAAUAUAUUUAAAGAAGAAGGUGCUUUGGGUUUCUUCAAAGGUGUUAAUGCUGGAAUGGUAUCUAUAUCACUGUAUACAGGCUUAAUGUUUUGGUCAUAUGAAAUAUCGCGUAUGGUUUCACAAAGCUCACAAAAAUAUCAACCCAUUCUUGAACCUUUAUGUGGAUUAAGUGCAGGUGUAUUUGCCAAAAGUGUUGUAUUCCCAUUGGAUCUUAUAAGGAAAAGGUUACAAGUUAAUAAAGCUAAAAAUCAAAAUUUCAUAAAAGCGGGCUUGAAAGUUGUUAAAGUUGAAGGUGUUAAAGGGCUAUAUAAAGGGUUCCUUGCUUCCAUCAUAAAAAGUGCACCAACAACAGCUAUUUCCAUAUGGACAUAUGAGCAUUUCUUAAGAGUCUAUAAAUCUGAUUAA